GAUGCAUACGAGUUGUUUAUAAUUACUACUUAAACUAUUUCGUUGCGUGGUUUAAGGUGUUAAGAAAUUGUGUCAAUAAAGGAUUGAAAUUUAACAUAAACUUUCAAUGACAAGUAACUUCAAUAGCAGUUUCAAUUCGCGUUAAUCCUGAUAAAUUAUGAUCUUAAACAUAAACAAAUUUUAAACAUUCCAACCGUUUUGGUUGAAUAGUACUUAAAUACAAGCACACAAGGAAAAUAAUCUUCGUUUUAGUGGAUGUAGAUAAGUAAGAACUAUGAUAUUUCAAAACCUUCUAGCUUUAACGUCAGCACUUGUCGUUACACUCAUUCAGUUAGGAUCUAUGGAUGUGAUGGGUUCAUCUGAAGGAAUUAAGGUCCUUCCGGUUGAUAUGUCACCUUCAAUAGUGUAUGUGGAGAAAGACGGGAAAAAGGGGAUUAUAUACCCUGAAGAUUGGGACGAUAAUGACGCCCAGGUCAUUUGUCAACAGCAGGGUUAUAAAUCAGGACACGCACGCAGGGACCUUGGUUCAGAAUACCCAUACCCAUACGUGAUGUCAUACGUGCAAUGUAAUGGUACAGAACAACACAUCGGAAAUUGCAAAUUUAAUGGAACAUCUUCUCUGUUACCUCGUAACCGUUACCGAUACGAUGGCAAAGCGGCAGGAGUGCAUUGUAAAAAUGAAACCGUUCGUUUGCAACCCAACGUGACAUUUGGCGCUGUUCAAGUAUGGGACAGGGGUAGCUAUCGCCUUGUAUGUGCGGAAGGCUUUGAUGAUCUUGCUGCUCAAGCAGUGUGUCGAUACUUUGGGUUCGCUUACGGGAUAAACAUUUGCUGCUCAGCCUUUGGAAGGAUGGAAUACAACAUUGCUUACAGCAAUAUUAAAUGUACUGGUAUCGAGUCAGAUAUACUCGAAUGCGAUUAUGUUAAAUACUUUCCAAACUGCACCAGUGGACAUUACGCCUCUGUAGCCUGCUCGAAUAAUCCCGAAAAUGAAGAAUUUGAAUUAAAGAUACAUCAAUCUGGAAAAGUAAGCAUUAGACGUUUUGAUAAUACGGGCUUUUUCUGCGCUAAUGGUUUUGAUGAUGCAGAAGCGACAGUAAUUUGCAGGGAGAUGGGAUAUAAAGGUGGAUCAGCGUACUUCCAUUCAAGGCAUACGAAAUAUUCAACAGUCCCACUUCUAGGAGUUCCAUGGUUAGCAAAUAUUGCCUGCGUGGGAACCGAGAAGAAUCUGGGAAAAUGUGGAAAAUUCGAUUGGGGCUCAGUUGGUAACUGCGAUGAAAACAAAAUACCUGCAGUUUACUGUUACAACAGAACGGGUUUUUCUUUUGCUCUUGUACAUGGAACAGACAAAGAUAAUGGGCUCGUUGUGUUCACCGUAGAUGAUAAAGAGGGUGCGAUAUGCCUACGCGAUUCCGUUACAGAAGAACGACAAAAACUUGCAGCAAUAGUAUGCAAACAACUUGGAUAUGGAAACGGCGGCCUACUUUUGAAUGGUACUGAUGCUGAGAAUGAGGUCAUUGCAAGGGAAGUAUUUCCUGGAGAGUCGGAUUUGUUUAUAACCAAGAUUGAGUGUAACGGAAAUGAGAGCAGCCUAGCGGAGUGCACGUUUAGGAUUUUAGAAAGAAAUUUUCCGUUCACUGAGGAUUGGAUACCGUUUACUAUGGAUGGUUGUCAUAACCCUCUUUGUUAUAGAGUACGAGGAAACAACCGAUGGUUGGAUAUUAAUAGAGAACUCUCGUGUUGGGAUGGGAAACGACGUCUCGCUGUGAAAUGCUUCAUUUAAUAACAAAUUCUGUGUUAAUCAAAUUAUCGAUUAUAAUAGAAAAAAAAUCCGUUGAGUAUUUUCAAGUAGUUUUCAUACAUUAAUGUAUGGUUAGCAUUUGACCGUGUUUUAUUAUAAUGUGAUUGGGCACAAGAAAAAGUACUUUAUCAAUUAUGUAAAGUGUUUGUUAUCAACAGGAAUAAUAGUAGAGUUAUAUAUACAGUCCAAACACGCUAUGUCGACGUCGGAUAUAUUGACUUCCCGGUUGUAUCGACUUUUUUCUCCGGUCCCGAGUUUAAUAAAAUAAAUCUGCUUGUGUCGA